GAGCAAAAUCUUAAGAUAAACAAUCGUCAAUUCUAACAGUUCUAACAGAACAUAGAUUUUGGGUUAGGUGAACCGUUGAUUCGAAUUCCCAGGCUCCAGACUCAUUUGGCCUAUUGGGCAACAAAAAAAAUUAUGUAGUGGACGUGGAACCCACUUUUUUCAUUGACUUCCCAGGCUGCUCGCAUUUUUUCUCAGUGCUCAAACUUCACUUUUCCUUGUACACAAAUGAAGAUCGCUUCGUUUUCACUUCUUAGGCUUCCUUUCACCGCCUCCACUACUGGCCACCGCUUCUUCUCCGCUGUCAUCGUCGCUGCCGGCCAUCACGAAAACCCUAACAAUGUGUCAAGGAAGCUCCAACAACCGAACAAAAAUCUCCUCAAAGCUCGUGAAACUAUCAAUAAACAUUUCUCUACUCUAGCACCGAUUCUUUCUCAGGAAGACAAACCUCACCUCUCUUACGACCAAGCCGUAGGUACCGUGGCGUCUUCACAAGCAAACUUCAUGCGCGUUAUCGUCCAACAUAUUCCUCCAGAAAGUUCUGUGGAUCCUUCUGGAAGCUUCAGCAAAGGUUCGGGGGAAAUUGGAGUGGAGUUGUUGUGUGUGGUGAAGGCUGUGUUGAAGAAGAUUAAGAGGAGAGUUUUGGUUGGGGAUAAGGUUUUGGUAGGUUCAAUUGAUUGGGUGGAUAAACGUGGAGCUAUUGAGAAUGUGUUUCAAAGGAAGACGGAGAUUUUGGAUCCUCCAGUAGCUAAUGUGGAUCAUUUGCUAGUGUUUUUCUCUAUGGAUCAGCCAAAGAUUGAGCCAUUCUCGCUCACUAGGUUCCUCGUAGAAGCUGAAUCAACCGGAAUUCCUCUCACUCUUGCGUUAAAUAAAUCAGAACUUGUUUCUCAAGAGGAAAUAAAAGCAUGGAAAUGUAGGCUUCGAAGUUGGGCCUAUGAACCAAUCUUUUGCAGCAUUGAUUCCAAGCGUGGACUUGAUACACUCCAGUUUAUUAUGAGAGAACAAACAUCCGUCAUUGUUGGUCCAAGUGGAGUGGGGAAAUCCAGCCUGAUCAAUGCUUUGAGAGGCAAUAAGCACAUUCUUCAUGCAGUCGAAGAGCGAAACUGGUUUGAUCCUAUUCUAGGGAGCAAGUGGUAUGAAGAGCAACGUGUCGGGGAAGUGUCAGUAAGAAGCGGCAGAGGAAAGCAUACAACAAGGCACGUGUCUUUGCUUCCAUUGCCUGAUGGGGGGUAUCUUGCUGAUACUCCAGGAUUUAACCAGCCUAGUUUGAUUGAAGUGACAAAGAAUUCUCUUGCACAUCAUUUUCCGGAGAUCCGCAAGAUGCUUAAAGAUAGUGAACCUGCAAACUGUGCAUUCAAUAAUUGCUUGCAUCUUGGUGAACCGGGGUGCCUUAUAAAAGGUGAUUGGGAAAGAUAUCCAUAUUAUCUUCAGUUGCUUGACGAAAUUAAGAUUAGGGAGGAAUUUCAGUUGAGGACCAUUGGAACUAAACGAGAAGGUGAUGUUAGGUGCAAAAUAGGAGACAAGGGAGUUGUGCAAGCAGAACCGCGGCUGGAGGCCAAGAAAUACAGGAGACAGUCUCGUAAAAGAGUGAACCAGUCAUUACUAGAUGAAUUGGAUGAACUCGAUGAUGAAGACGAUACACUGGAGGAUGACAAUCCUAUUCUAAGAGCAAUGAGGGAAGAAAAUCAAUAGAAAAGCUAAACAAUUCAAGAGUUCUGAAAUUUUCAGUAGUUCUGCAUGCAUCCAUUACACCUCAAUCCUUCUUGGUUUGUAAAUAGUGAUUUUCUAACAUCUUUUCCUGAGCCGAGAGUGGUUGAAGGGAUUGUUAGAUGUUGUAGACAACAAACGCUCUAGUUGGCACUGUUUCAACUCUCAAUGAUGUGAACCAGUUUAAACGAUGGUGGAAGCUAACACGAAUUUAGAGCAGUA